AUGUCUGACCGAAGUUCAAGAAGAGCGGACGACAUUGCAACAGGCUCACAGCGACGUAAGCGGUCACGAAGAAGCGACGCUACGGAUGUAUCCCUUAUUUCUGACGACGACGACAACAACAACGACGAAAGCUAUAACGAGAACGGGGAAGAUGCGGCGGUUGAUCACGCAGAGCGCGAGAAGAAGGAUGAAAUUACGCGACUGGCGAAGAAAUUGGUGAAACUGGCGCUCGAAUUUGAGCAUAAACGGACCCCACUUCGAAGAAGUGUUAUCAAUGACAACGUACUUGACAAAACAAAUCGACGCUCGUUUUCGGCCGUGUUCAAAACAGCUCAACAGAUGCUGACCGACAUUUUUGGCAUGACAAUAACCGAGCUUCCCACCCGUUCAAUCUCACAGCGCCCAGCCGCCGGCAAGAAGAGAACGCGAGUAGUCCCGGACCGGAAACCGGCGCAAAGCAACAAAUCAUAUAUCAUAACCUCGACCCUGGAUCCCGCGUUUCAAAACCUCGACUGUCUCAAGCCUAUGAACCAAGGAGAGAAGAUCUACAACGGGCUUGCGAUGACUGUAUGCACAGUCUUGCACCUCCAUGGCGGCAAACUUCACGACAACGAGCUGAUGAGAUACCUACGCAUUCUCAAAAUCGGGAGCUACACUCCUUACAACGACGAGCGGACAACAGAGCUUUUGAAUCUGAUGCUGAAGCACCAAUACCUCGAACGGGAAAAGGACACCGAAGCAGAGCAACUAGGCGCAGAAGAGCAGAGCUUUACGUAUUUCGUCGGGCCCCGCGCAAAAGCUGAGCUUUCGCAGGACGCGGUCCUGGAUUUUAUCAUUCGCAUCUACGGCGAGCAUGCACCCAGAGAUCUGCGCGAUCGUGCCCUGCGUGCGCUUAGGAGUUCUCGCGAUGACGGGUACGACGAACCUGCUCUUGACGAGGAGGACGAUGCUAUGGUCAGUAUGACAUUACCAUCCGUUGGCUCAUUGGAUGCGAGAAACAAGCCAAAGAAACGGUUGAGUAAGAAGGAUCGCCUGGCUGAACUCGCACGCGACGACAAUGACGAUACCAUUGAUGGCCUACAAGAAGACAUCAGUGAUUCCGACGACGAUGAUGAGGAGGAGGAGGAGGAAGACGAAGAUGAGGAUGAGGACGACGAAGAUGAGUGA